AUCGAAAUGGAUAAUUGUGGAAAUGAAUGCACAGUAGCCUAUUACACAAUUUCACUAUCGUAUCUCAUUGGACAGCGGUUGAACGUAUGUUCCACACGCCUUCUGUCGGUCGGUGAAAUCGCGACUGGUGUGGAUUUGCAAAUUAAGCGAAAUAGGGAACGUUCGUCACCAAGGCAAUCAACUUUACUUUCCAACAACUGAGAUAUUUUUUAAAUCUUUGACCUACCUAUUUGGAUUAAAUCAUAGCCUUCUGCGUGUGAAGACACAGUGCGGAUAUUGGCUCCGUUGCCCGCGUUUGCAGAACGAAUUGCAACGUUGUGGAGUUGUAAUUUAUCCAGGUUGCUCUCAAGUGACGCGCAUAGCACAUUUCUAUGAUUUUGGUGGGCGACAGUCGCACUUGUCCUCUGGUAAUCUGAAUUUUGUUGGCUGUAUGGAGGGAUGUCGGGAUGGCUUGCACCAGGAGAACCAAAACUUUGGUGUCUACAUGCGUGAUCUUGAGUGGCAUGACCAACAUCGUGUGUCUCCUCUAUGUUGGAUGGGUCACUAAUUAUAUCGCGAAUGUAUACAUCAAAGUCCCUAUGCCUGUCCCAGAGAAAAAGUUAGAAGGCGACAAGAAGGGGGAAACCCUACGGAUCAUAGAAAGACUUGAUCGACUUGAGAAUGUGGUCAACCAGCACAUACAAGAAACCCCCCUGAAAGGAGAGGAUGUUCUAGGAGACAAAUCGUUUUCUGACUCGUCCCUGUUUGCCCACUGGGGUCAGGAGCUGAGCGCUGACAGCCGCAGGGUGGCCCUGAAGAUGUUUCAGUACUACGGCUACAACGGCUACCUCAGCGACCGCCUCUCCCUGGACAGAGCCAUCCCAGACCUCAGACCUGAUGGGUGUAAAAACAUCACGUAUCCAUCUAACCUCCCUCAAGUUAGCAUUGUGUUUAUCUUUGUGAACGAGGCCUUGUCCGUCAUCCUGCGUUCCAUCCACUCUGCCAUGCACAGGACCCCCUCCCACCUCCUCAAAGAGAUCAUCCUGGUUGACGACAACAGUGACAACGAUGAGCUGAAGGAGAAGCUACAGGACUUUGUGUCUGAGACCAACAGCCAGCGUCCCGGCUUCAUCAAGGUGGUGCGCCAUGAUAAACAGGAGGGUCUGAUCCGCUCCAGGGUGAGUGGGUGGAGGGCGGCCACCGCUCCGGUUGUGGCCCUGUUCGACGCCCACGUGGAGUUCAACAUAGGCUGGGCUGAGCCUGUUCUCAUGAGAAUUCAGGAGGACAGAACACGCAUCAUCUCUCCGUCGUUUGAUAACAUCAAAUACGACACGUUUGAGAUUGAAGAGUACCCACUGUCUGCUCAGGGCUUCGACUGGGAGCUGUGGUGCCGCUACCUCAACCCACCCAAGGCCUGGUGGCACCAGGCCAACAACAGUGCUCCAAUUAGGAGCCCUUCUCUGAUUGGCUGCUUCGUGGUGGACAGGCUGUACUUUGAGGAGAUUGGCCUGCUUGACGAGGGGAUGGAGGUGUAUGGGGGCGAGAACGUGGAGCUGGGCGUCAGGGUGUGGCAGUGUGGGGGCAGUGUGGAAGUCCUGCCCUGUGCCCAUAUCGCCCAUAUAGAGCGUGCCCACAAGCCCUAUACUGAGGACCUGACGUCUCACGUGAGACGGAACGCCCUGAGGGUUGCGGAGGUCUGGAUGGACGAGUUUAAGAGCCAUGUGUAUAUGGCCUGGAACAUCCCUCAGGAGGACUCAGGAAUAGACAUUGGCGAUAUCUCUGAGAGGAAGGCCCUUAGGAAGAGGCUCCAGUGUAAGACGUUUCGGUGGUACCUGGUCAACAUCUACCCAGAGAUGAGGAUGUACACAGACACCAUUGCAUAUGGAGUGCUGAAGAACUCUCUGAAGAGUGACCUGUGUCUGGACCAGGGGCCGGACACCGACAACGUCCCCAUCCUGUACCUCUGUCAUGGAAUGACACCUCAGAAUGUGUACUACACCAGCACUCAGCAGUUACAUGUAGGGGUGCUCAGUCCCACCAUCGAUGACGAUGACAACAAGUGCCUGGUGGAUGUGAACAGCCGACCGCGCCUCAUCGAGUGUAGCUACGCCACAGCCAAGCGCAUGAAGCUCCACUGGCUAUUUACUCAGGGAGGUUCCGUUCAGAACAGGAAAUCAAAGCGAUGCCUUGAGCUGGUGGCCAGCAAUGACAACGAGUUCGGGUACCAGCUGGCCCUUCACAAAUGCACGGGACAGAAAUGGUCCAUCACAAACACACUGCCUGGCAGUGCCCUAUGAUGGGCUCUUCUGAGAGAACACUGGAAAUACUGUAGCACACUGGACUGGGUGGGGUGCUUAUUCUGUUGCUCCUCUGGACUUUCUGUUGUGGAUAAAGGAGAAUGGUGUAUGGUUAAUGACAGGCAUUGGAGGACCAUGAUGUCUUUUGUUCACCAGUUGACAUCACAUGAUAAAUGUUAAACAUUUUCUUUCGCCUAUGGAUCAGCCAUAGAUGGUUGAUAUUGUGCAUUAUGAGAUACUACAACGUUAUGAAACAUAUUUUGUUAAGAGUGUAGUUGGUUUUCUGUUGACUUGAAGGUUGUACUGGGUUCUAUAUGUUCAUUGUUGUACUUGGUAAAUAACUGCUACUGUGUAGCAAGCAUUAGGAAAAGUUCUCUGCUGUUUUCUUUUCUUCUAGUGUCUCAGGUUUGUAGGAUAAGUUUAUUAUGCGAUUAAGCUGUACAGUUUUGGGGAAUUGCCAACAUGUUGGAAUAUAUAUAUGGAAAUAAUAUACUAUUUUCUAAGUGUAAAUAUUCAAAAUAUUUAUAAUAUAUGUCAGUAAAAGUACUGAUGCUAUA